AUGCUGCUUAGUCUGAGGGAGACCUCGAUCUCAAAAGCUUCCCUAGCGUCUGUAGCCACGCCUUUCCCCGCUGAACUUGUUUUCCAAUAUUUCCCGCGCGACACCCAAGGCAUUGUUGUUUCUAGAACAACCACGCGGACGAGUGUUUUGUGGACGGAUAACGAUAUCGCUGCAUUAAACCAACUCGGGCGCGUUAUCGGGCAGAUAUAUCCCGCUCCAGAUUGCCGUGGGCGUUUUGCGCGCAAUGACGUCACCGCGUCCAAACACUCAGCGCUCUCCGCCAAGGAA